GCACGAGCAGGCGUAGAGAGUGCGCGCGACCAGGGAAGUGCGCGUACGCUAGGCGCACGCGAAGUUACACUCGAGACAAACGCACCAGGAUUCUUACGCAAAAAUGAACAUUUCAAGGACUGUUGUCAUUGUGUGCUCCCUAGUGAUGACACUCAGGGACACCACUGUAAUGGGGAUAGACCAGGAAGUGUCUGUCUUUGCUGGAGACAAUGCGCUCCUACCAUGCAAAUGCUCUGAAAAGAUGAUGAGACUGGUAUGGCAGAUUGGAGAAAAUAAAGUCGUGAACCUCUAUAAUACCACGGGCUCACUACAUGAUUCAUACAAAGACAGGACACAGCUCUUCCUCCCUAAUAAGAAAGGAAACUGCUCUCUCCUUCUCCAAAGAGUGUCUUCGUCCGAUCAGGAGAAAUUUAUGUGCUAUACUUUUGACUUGAAUGACGACAUGCUGGAUAUAUGUAAUAUUAGGCUCAAUGUUCAAGCUGCAGCACAAACCACUCCUGGCCACUCGACUAAUCCAUUUACUUCAAUGGAUUUGAGAAUUGCAAGUAAAGCUGAAGGAUAUGCAGGGGUUUCCAUCGGAGUUCCCUUCUCACUAGUAGCACUUUUAUUACUGGCUGGAGUAGUUAUUGCCCUUCUGAUUAGAUGUCAUCGGCAGAGACCCAAAACAAUGGUGGUGGUUAUGUCACAGGCUGGUAACGUUACAUCACAGGCUGGUCUGCCUAUAAUGAGCCACACUGCUGUGUGAUGGGUGAUGGAGUCUAUGAAGUAACGUAACUUCUGGCGAACUCUUAACUGUGCUGCCCCUUUACUAUGAAGAUAACUUGGACAAUAUCUAACAGUAUCAACAACAUGACUGAUUUUGCGCAUUAGAAAUAUAUAGACAUACUGUAAAAUCCAAUUUUGUGGUUCACAUUGUAUUUUGUUAUUAGUGUUAUAUAUUCCAUGUAAAAAUGUAAAUUUUGUACAGUUCUGCAGUCACUUAAUGUGAUUUAUCUUGAUAGAUUUUCUGUGAUCAAGUGAAUUGUGUUGGGGUGUGAAUACUCUGAAUGUUGUAUCACAGCAUUGCAACAGUUAUGUUUAUAGGCAGCUGUCAUGUUUCCAUCUUAAGUAACGUCUGUUUUUAAUACUAAAGUAAGGGUUGCUGUGUAUAGAGCAGAACAGGUGAACUGUGUCUGAGAUCAUCUGAAAUCAUUGCCUUUGCUGUAAAACAGAGCUUCAUGAAAAAACACGCUCCACAUUUGAAACUAUAUUUUUACAUUUUUGCUUAAGAAUCCAUUUUUAUAACUACUUUUUUGGGGGGGACUGGGGGGUUGCGAAUCGGUGUCAAAUUACUGAACUUGUUGAGACAAAAAAGCUGCACCAAAACCAAAGAAAGGUACAAACAGAUUGGUCUGCACUUCAUGUCAAAAAAUGGAAAAGAGAAGAGAUUCAUCUAAAAAAGAGAAGAGGGAGCACAAAGACUAGCACGGAGAGGUAGCCCACCUCACCCUGCCUGUCCCUUUAUAGUGCACUUUGAAUUAUUUAUAGCUUGAUUCCAGAUGCAGUAGUGCACUUUCAACCUUCCACCUGCCAGCUCUAGAGGACUAUAAGACGUAAAGUAUGUCCCGAAAAAAGUAGAGCAACGGCGUCUUUUGUAAGUCAAAUAUUAGUCUGAUCACUAGAAGUUUUCAAAAGUAUUCAGGGUAGGCAGUUGGGUCACUAGCAUUACUUAAUGCACUUAAACCUACACCUUUGCUGGUUUUCUUCUGGCAUGUUUUCAUUUUAGUACUCCCAAUGGGAUAUUUCUGCUGGCAUGUAUUUAAUGCAAAUGUACUGUGAAACACGUGCAUAUGUGCAUAGGCCUGUACUUCCAAUAAACCUUUUUUACUACUUUUC